AUGCGGAAUAGACACUCUGCAUCUGUGCGGAGUCGCUCUACACAUUGCGGAGUGUUGUGUGCGGAGUUGCGAAGUGGCACUCCGCACAAAUGCGGAGUAACACUCCAUUACUCCGCACAAUGCGGAGGAGCCACUUUUAAAGAAACCAACGGCAUCAUCGUUUUCUCGGUGGCUUGUCACGCUAUCAAUUCACAUUCACAGCCAAAUCGGUUCGCCAGCACCACCGUCACCACGCCGCCGUUUCGGCUGAAGCUUUUAGAAAGUGGAGGGGUUGAUGUUGGUAAUUAUGAUCCGGACUGCGCUCAUGUGAUUGUUGACAAGCUUAUUUAUGUGAUUACAGAGUUUUACUUCAACUGCAUAUUAGAUGGGAAGACGUUGGUGACUGGCCUAUGGAUUGAUCAUAGUUUUGAUGUGAGAAUGCCCGUUGAUUCCACCUCUGUUCUAAGAAGUUCCAUUGGUGUUAUUUAG